AGUUCGGGUAGAGUAUAUUUCUGAUGACAGUGGAGAUGAUGAUGAGCAUUAUGUGGAUGAAAAGGGGAGUCCAAUUCAUUUUGAUGAGGAAAAAGAGGAAGCACAUCGACAAGAGUACAGAAUCAAACCAAGGCCUCCAGCUACCCCAAUUGAUUCUUUAAAACAACCUAGUAAGUUAAGAAGAUACUCCCUGGAAAGGCACAAAAUACCAUCUAGAGAGGAACCCAUCAUUGAUGCUUCAAAUGCAGGCAUUUUGAGUAUAGAGAAGGUACCAAAUGCAGAUCCAGCAAGUUGGAAUGAAUUAAAAGACACAGAGGAAACACUUAUUGCAGAUAAUGAUGCUGGCACUGGACACAUUAAUGGCUUGAUUCCAAAUCUAAUGAAACAUGAAAAUAAUAGAUAUGCCAGUGCAUCAUCCAAGGAACAUGUUGAAACUGAAAGCAAAUUUGUUGAUGCUAAUAUAUAUGCAAAAAUCCAGCACAGAGCUCAACAGAAAAUAAAAAGUAGAGAAGCUUCAGCAGGCAGACAGUUGAAAAAGGAAUAUGUGAGACCACACCAGCCUUCAAGAUAUCAUUCUUCAAGGACAUCAACGGGUACGAAAGAGAAAGAAAGAAUUGGAAGAAAUGGUUCUACUAAUUCGGGGUCUAAAGGUACAUCAAUUGAGAUACCUAAUGCUGUGCAGCAACAUUCCCCAUCUAACGAUAAGGUUAGGUCAAAAAAUAUUCCUUUAUCAAUUGAUAAAUCUAGAAACAUACAUGAAAAUGAUGAGGAAAAUAACAAUAGGAUCAAAGCUCAUUUAAUACACGAAACAGAAAGGACUGGUAAAAAAGAGAACUUGCAAUCAGUAGAUCAUGACUCACAUCACCAGCCACUCUAUCCAAAUCAGAAUGACCACUUUGGAGGACAAACCUCCCACAUUCUGCCUUCUGCUCCUCCAUUUGCGGAACCAGGCUAUCAGCAAGAUUUGAAAUCUCAGCUAGACUAUCAAGAGGAUGGCAAUGAUAAGCAGCAUGCUCUUUUGUAUGGACGAUCUAAUCAGAGUUCCCAGUACCAUGUACAUCCGAUACAACCAGCAUACCAACCAGUACCUGUCCAGCAACAGCAUUUUCUAUACACUCAAGGAGCUGCAUCACAUCAGGGACAACAAGGACAACAGCAUGCUCAGCACUAUCAAAACUCUGCUCCAUAUCAGGCACCACCUCAACAUAAUCAGGGAAGCAGUACCUCUCAAUUUGGUAAUCAAAUGGAACCUAUGCAUUACCAUAAUGAAAACCACAUAUACCAGUCUAACCACCAGAAUAGGAUUCCUUUACAACAUUAUAAUCAACAUGAAGCACCAUACCACAACUUUAACCCAGUGAAGCAACAUACUUACCAGGCUAGAAUAGAUAAUCAAAUACCAAUUCAAAGACCAGCUAAUGUUAACUAUCCAGGAAACCAGUUGAACUUUGACUUAGACCAAAAUCAACAUUGGCAAGUGAGACAGCGAGGCCAAGCUUUUCACUUGCACAACCAGGACACCUAUGCAGCAGGUCCAUAUGAUGCACUUGCUGUAUCUAAUACACAAACACAGCAGUUUUACCAAGACAACCCUGACAGUAUGUAUCAGCAGGAACAACCUCAACAACACCAAUUUCAGUCACAGCUGGUAAGCCAACCACAUAUCCAGCCUGCUCAUCAAAGUUGGCAAGGUUCUUCUCAUUCUCAGCCGCCACCAUUAUAUGGAAUGCAGAGUAACCAGCAAACUUUAAUCCCACAUUAUCAAAUGCAAGAGAAUCAACAACAACAGCUAAAUGAAGCUUAUGAGGAGAUCCCACCUCUUGAUUUGAGUGGUCUUGUUGAAGAUCAUUCACAAUCAACACAUCAUAUGUCAAAACAAACUAAUCCUACCAGAAAAACAAAUGUUGAUAAAUCCAAAAUUAAUUUCAUUGAACAAAACAAGGCUAAGUUGAGAGGAGAAUUGCCCCAGACAAGUUAUCUAAGUAGAUACAAGAAAGACAUCAAUCCGAGAAAGCCUCUUCCAGGAAUUUCAAGGGAGAAUUCAGAGGAAAGAAAUGAGAAAUGGCCACAAAUUGAACUUGAAAAUAAUUAUGAGGGUACAUGGAUCACAGAUCCAGGGGUAGACAGAAGGCGCUUUAUGGAACUCCCACGACAACAGUCAGAUACUGGU